AUGAAUACAGUCCUGUGUAACUGUGAAGCGAUCAUUAAUUCAAGACCUCUUACGUAUCUAACAGAAGAAAGCACGGAGAUUGCUGCGAUCACUCCAGCUAUGUUCAUUAGCGAUAUUCGAAAAAAUGGCAUCCCGGAUUUGGAUCAAGUUAACAGGAUCUUCUUUGCCAAAAGAUUACGCUAUCGCCAAAGAUUAAAGGAAGAAUUAAGACAACGUUUUCGCCUACAGUAUCUAGGACAACUGUCCCGACGAACUAAACAUAAGAACAGUUCGAUUUCCGUCACAAUCGGCGAUAUUGUAUUAGUUGGAAAUGACUUACAAAAACGUCUGGAUUGGCCCCUCGCGAAGGUGAUACAAGUUUUCCCUGGAAAGGAUGGACAUACACGUGUCGCGAAGCUGAAAACUGCAAGAGGCGAACUAAUCCGUCCCAUCCAAAGACUAUUCCCAUUAGAAGUGAGAUACUCCGGUCGUGAGGCCGACAAAUUUUUCGAGACGAUUAAGACUGUAUCUGAAGCUGUUAAGGAAUCAGAAUCUGAUCCUAAGGAAGACACGAGGCCUUUGACGAAGCCGGGAUUAACGACACGGAGUGGUCGUGUUGUCAAGAAACCGGAGAGACUUGGUUUCUAG